UUUGCAACUACUGAGAUGAGUUUGUUAGUCAAACUAAAAGUAUUUUUGUUUCAACUGAACUCGAUAGCCUAGAUAUUUGGGUCCGUGUAUGACCAAAAGGUACACGGACCUAUUUAGACCUCAAUACGCUGUGUUACCCGGAUGUAGUGAAAAGGUGUAUGUAAUUAGCCUGAUUAAAGUUAAGCUAGUCGAGUCAUGUCAUAUGCUGGGCUUACACCAAACGAUUUUCCCAGUCCCAGACUAAAAACUGAAAGUCUUUAGUAAAUCUAGGAGUCUUACUGGAGUCACAGCGCGCUCCCGUCAUCCCGAUCGUUAAGUGUAAGUGGCAGGAUGUUCAGGAAAACUGCCUGGAGGAACACUGUCAGCGAUGCAGUGAGUUUCCACCAAGACCAAGCCCUCAACACAACUAUAUUUCUGCUGAAAAGCUUCGGCCCAACAGGAUUUCUGCUUAAAGAGGAAGGAGUGGCCAGAAACUUCAAGGUGUUCUUGGGCAACCCACAUACAUGCACUUGUCCUGUGUUCACCAGGGAGCAGGAGCCAUGCAAACACAUCUGCUGGGUUUUACUGCGGAAAUUCAGACUACCCAGAGAACAUGAAUAUUCAUUCCAGCAUGGACUCGUGGAGAGACAGAUCUUGGAGAUGCUCCAUGGUUUAGACCAAACCAAAGACCACCGGACGGAAAACGAGCCCCCUGCUGCUUCUGGGACCCCGAGCCAACCAGUCACUGGCCAGGAGGCUGGAAGUGUCUGCCGGAAAGUGAUCCAAGCCCAGGAUGUGUGUCCCAUCUGUCAAGAAGAGCUGCUGGAGAAAAAACAGCCUGUGUCUUACUGCAGGUUCGGUUGUGGCAACAAUGUCCACAUCUCCUGCAUGAAGGUGUGGGCGGAUCACCAGAAACUGUCAGACAGGGAAGAAACUGUGAAAUGCCCUCUGUGCAGGGAGGACUUCAGCUCUUUGAAGUUACUCCAGGAGCAGGUGAAAAACGCAGCAAAGCUCUUCACUGCUGCAGAGAGAGAGAAACCAGACAGACACCUGGGAGUUCUCUGUCACAUCUGCCGGGUCUACCCCAUCACCGGCAGAUGUUUCAAAUGCACAGUCUGCAGUUACCUCUAUCUCUGUGAGGACUGCUCAAACAAGGGCUGCCACCCACAGCAUCCGUUUGCUUCACGGACAAAAAGGAGAGGAAAGUGGCACCUUGUGGAUGAAGACCUGAGUGACGGACAAAGAGGAGCGACCUUUCAGCCAGCAAACACCAGCAUCAAUCCAGAAGCUGCAGACUCUCUACCAGAAAAUGUGUUGGGGUGUCUACCUGCAGUCAGAGUGAGAUCAGGCUCUCAGCUCCUGGCUGUGGGACAGCAGUGUCGGAUCUGUCUGCUGGAUUUCACACUGGGCCAACGUGUUCGAACUCUGCACUGCCAUCACAAGUUCCACACAGACUGCGUGGACGCGAUUCUGCAGAAGUCCAACUCCUGCCCCCUGGAUGGAUAUGUUAUUUAUGACCCCUUGACUUGGAGAACCAGUGAAAGGAAGACCUCCUUUAAAACGGCUUCCUGCCUUUCCAGUGACCGAGCCAAACGCCCAUCAAACAACUUACAGGACCUGUUUAUUCAAGGAGUGCACACUAAAGUCACUCCUUCACACGGUUCUCUUAAACUAGAGGUGCUUACAGGCUCUUCAGUGAUGAGUGACAUGUUUCAAGGCUUGUGCAUAGCUACAGACCCUGUGAUGAAGGAAGGAAAAGGAGAGUUGCAGACAAAACAAACUGCUCUUAUUCCUGAAAACGGCUCAUCUUUUGAUCAUCGCAGUACCUCAAGAGCACGUUCCUCAAAAAAGACAGGAACAAAACACAGCCCUGCUUCCGCUGCUGCAGUGACAAAAGUUAGACCCCAACCACAACUCAACCUUUUUGUCGGCUUGGAGAGAUUAGAGUCUGACAACACAGCUACGUCUCCUGCCAGACGAACUAGACCCCAACGCAGAAGGGCAGCCAUUAAAGAUACAAACAACGGACUGAUUUCAGAGCUGACCGGAGUUUUUAUAAACACACAAGAGCCGAGGAAGACAGACACUUAAACUUUACCGUUAAGGCAGUGGAAGAACUAAAAAAGUGUACCUGUAACCCUUUAUUUGAAAAAGAUGUAAAUCUGAAAUGUUAUUUUGCUCAAAUUAAACAUGUACAGGUGCAUCUCAAUGAAUAAGAAUAUCAUAGAAAAGUUUAUUUACGUCAGUAAUUUAAUUCAAAAAGUCACACAGGAUGAAUGAAGCUUUUCAUGUCUUAAUUUAUUUAAUUUCUAAUUAUAAUUAUGGCUUACAUUUAAAGGAAACCUGAAAUUCAGUGUCUCAAAAAAAAAUUAUAUUACAAAAGACCAAUUUUAAAAAGUAUGAUUAACAUGGAAAUGUUGGCCUUUGAAAAGUUUGUCCAUCUAUAUGACAAAAUACUAGGUUGGGGUUGAACUACUGGAAAUGGAUUUUUCCAUCAUAUUCUAAUUUAUUGAGAUGU